UACCAAGACCAUAUUUGAAUUGAUCCACAAAAAAAAGCAUUCAGAAGAAGAAGAGAAAAAUCAGAGAGCAAAAUUAACAGAGUAACAGCCAAUUUCAGUUUGACAAAAGUCACUAUGAAAUGCUUCUGGCAUUAUAUAUUUUUCUCGGAUGGUUUACUUACGUUGAAGGAACAUCUAUCGAACAUUUCGCCAAACCCAGCUUCCAACCCUACUGCUUGAUGGAAGAAAUAAUGUGUACCCUUAUUUGUAAAUGCAAAGUACAAGAAACUUGCACUCUACUACCUAUGGAUACUGAAAUAAGGGAUAAAGUUUUAUCAUACCUCAAUCAGGCCAGAGACCUCCAAACCAAAAGAGACCCUGAACCUUCAGGCUUGUCCGUUCUUCAGUACAAUAUGGACUUGGAGGAAUUGUCAAUAUGUUGGGCUGUAUCUUGCGAAGAUUCAUUCACCGAGUGCCUCAGAACCCCCAACUUCCCUAAUUCUUCCCAGGCAAUCAGUCAAAUUUCCAUUAAGGGAAAGUUCCCAACUAUUGAUCUUUGGCAGGAUCUUAUUUCCUUAUGGCUGGGUGACGUAGAUAACAUGGACUCCAGCUACAUAGAUUCCAUACCAAGGAACGAAGACGGUUCCAAAAUACGAAAUUUCGCACAAAUCAUGAGUGACAAAGUGUUUUCCGUUGGAUGUGCUUGGAGUCUAUCGAAAGAUUUGGUGACUUUCAUUUGUACUUUUGCACCGAGUGGUCCUGUCCAAGGAGAAAGUAUCUAUCAAACAGGACCUAGAUGCUCGAAUUGUGCAGAAGGUUAUUCGUGUAAUCAUAAAGAAUCCUACAGGAAUUUAUGCAAACUAAGUCCGAUUCAAAUUAUUCUCGACUCAACAUCUAGCAAGCCCUCCAAUAAAAAAAAGUCAGCAUGGAAAAAGAAAGGAAAAAAGAGAACUAAUAAUGAAACCAAUAGCGAAACUGACGAAGGAAUUCCUCCCAGGAAAAUUCCCCUAAUCUUAACUAUCAUUGUUUUAACAAUUGUGAUCUGUAUUUUUUUAUCUAUAGUAUUUCUAUGUGGUUAUUAUCUUAUGUAUUGGCACUGAAACUUUCUCGUUAUAGAAUAAAUAAUAUGACCCAAUUCCAUGUAAUACAGUGAUAAAUAUUAGAUAUAUUUUGUACAUGUA